AUGGAGUUAUUGGAGUCUUACGAGGAGCCAGUAUCUGGAAAUGACCAGAUACCCACUGAGCCCUUGCCAGCUGUGCCUCCUGACAAUAUCUUAGUAGAUGUUGAUGCCGAUGAGAAAGACGAUAGCUCGUCAGAUGAUUCAAACGAUGAGAAGGAGACGCCCGCGGAUCAUAAAAACGUCUCUCAGCGCCGUCGAGUCCAGAAUGCUAGGUUUGAAGCUCUGCUUUCCAAACGUGCUGACCCUGCUUCCAUCGAUACCACCAAAGCGGCACCUCCUGAUUUACCAGAGGCACAACUCUCCACAGCUCACUUGGUAGCAAAGCAAGAUCUUGGGUCGGGGACGCUGGACCCUCGGGAAUAUCAAUUGGAGCUUUUCGAACGAGCAAAGGCGCAGAAUACAAUUGCUGUGCUUGAUACUGGCUCCGGGAAGACCUUGAUUGCUGUGCUUUUGCUGAGGCACGUAAUUCAAAAUGAGCUGGUUGAUCGUGGUGUAGGAAAACCACAUCGCAUAUCAUUCUUCUUGGUCGACAGCGUCACUCUCGCAUACCAGCAGGCCGCUGUUCUCCGCAACAAUUUGGAUCAAAAUGUGGCCCAAUUCUUCGGCGCCAUGGGUACUGACCUAUGGAGCAAACAAGUCUGGGAUGAGCAUUUUGCAAAGAACAUGGUAAUAGUCUGUACAGCAGAGAUUUUAUACCAGUGUCUGCUUAAUUCGUACGUGAGGAUGAAUCAAAUAAAUCUGUUGGUUUUUGACGAGGCCCAUCACACCAAGAAAGAUCACCCUUAUGCAAGAAUCAUCAGAGACUCUUACUUCAAAGAGGUUCCAUCUAAACGUCCUAGGAUCUUUGGGAUGACGGCGUCCCCGAUUGAUGCCAAAGGCGACAUCAUAGAAGCAGCUACGCGACUCGAGACACUCUUGGACAGUCAGAUUGCAACGACAUCGGAUUUCACAUUACUACGACAAGUCGUCAGUCGCCCUAUGGAGAAAGUGUGGACAUACGAUAAACUAGAGCCACAUUUUGCAACGAAGCUCUACAAGAUAAUGAAAGAAAAAUAUGGCGACAUGGGCUCUCUUGAAGGUGUUUUCAGAUUCGCCUGGAAUGCAAGCUCUGAGUUAGGUAAAUGGUGCUCGGAUCGAGCGUGGACUCACGCCUUAGCAGAUGAUGUGCUGCCAAAGCUCGAAGGCAACGUUAACAAGCUCUCCCACUCUGACGCCGGGGGCCAGAUACCUGAAAGUGCCUACAAAGAGAUUGCGCGAAUCAAGGAAGCCAAUGAGACUGUCAAGAGCCAUAUGUUCAAAGACCCCGACACUCCAGGCGAGCUCAGCUCUAAAGUACAGAUUCUUCGCAAAGAACUCGGCAAAUAUUUCGUAUCAACGACAGAUACAAAGUGCAUUGUUUUCACUCAGAAACGAUACACGGCCAAGAUCUUAUUUGAGCUUUUCACGGAAUUGAACAUUGCUCAUCUACGCCCUGGUGUGCUUGUUGGCGUUCGAUCGAGCGAUAUUGCGGGGAUAAAUACGACAUUCCGUCAACAGUUUAUGGCUCUGAUGAAAUUUAGAAAAGGAGAAAUUAAUUGCCUGUUUGCUACCUCAGUAGCCGAAGAAGGCCUCGACAUUCCAGAUUGCAAUUUGGUGGUCAGGUUCGACUUGUAUCACACUUUGAUUCAAUAUGUACAAAGCCGUGGUCGAGCUCGUCAUUUCAACUCGACGUAUGCAAGUAUGGUUGAGAGAGACAAUGCAGAGCAUGAAGCACGGCUGAUGGAAGUCCGGGACGCAGAAAAAGUCAUGCAAAGUUUUUGCGAAAGCCUCCCAGAAGAUCGAAUACUACAUGGCUAUGAUCACGAUUUGGGCCUGCUUCUACAAAAGGAUGAGGGCAAAAGAACGUACACUAUCAAGGCUACGGGUGCAAAGUUAACAUAUCAUUCUGCCGUAGCUAUCCUCGCACGUUACGCUAGUUCUUUGCAAUAUGAAAAGGAAUCACUGAUUCAAGUUACCUAUGUUGUUCUUCCUGUGAACAGUACCUUCACUUGUGAAGUCAUCCUCCCGGAAAAGUCGCCCAUUCGAGGACUAACAGGACGUCCCUCGAUCAAAAAAUCUACUGCCAAACAGUCUGCGGCAUUCGAUACUUGUCUCUUGUUGAGAAAGCAAGGACUUCUGGAUGACUAUUUUAAUUCAAUUUAUCACAGACGUCUACCUGCGAUGAGAAACGCAAAAUUGGCCAUUACGUCUAAGCAGACAAAUCAAUACGCCAUGAUGUCAAAACCAUCCUUCUGGGGCAGUGGACAUGAUACUCUUCCAGUGAAGCUCUACGCUACCCUUGUUUCGUUUAUGCCUUCGAAAGCCCUUACACGAGAGCACGGAACUAUAGUUUUGCUGACCAGGGAAAAGCUGGUAAAGCUCCCAAACUUCUCCAUUUUCCUUGACGAAGAUGUAGAGACCACUGUGAUUUCGGUCUCUGCAGAAAAUAUCCUACUGGUAUCAACUCAAGAUUUGGAGUGUUUGACAACAUUCACGCUUCGUGUCUUUCGAGAUGUGUUUCACAAGAUUUAUGAACGGCAAACCGAGAAAAUGUCAUAUUGGCUAGCUCCAGCAAGUGCCGGGGCAGCUUUUGAAGAAAGGGCUGAACCAAGAACUGUUAUUGACUGGAAACUGUUAUCAUUUGUCGAGGGAAACGAUGGGAUAGAAUCCGUUGGUAUGACCCCAGAAUCCCUCGUCAACCGGUUUGUCUACGAUCAUUGGGAUGGGAGGUAUCGGUAUUUCACCACUACGGUAGAUGAUACGCUUCGUCCUUCGGAUCCUCCUCCAUCUUUUGUUCCGCGUCGCAGGCAUAUGGAAAAUAUCAUGAACUAUUGCUUAAGUUUGUCGAAAAAUUCGCGUGCGAAAUUUCUUUCCAGUUGUGAUUGGGACCAACCAGUCCUAAAGGCAGAGCUCGUUCGUCUGCGAAGAAAUCUUCUUGACAAAAUGUCAGAGCAGGAGAAGGACAUGGGAACUAGAUGUGUCAUUUGUUUACAGCCUUUGAAAAUCUCUACUAUCCCUGCAUCAAUCGCCGCCUCCUGUUUGGCAUUCCCGGCUAUUAUCAGCAGAAUCGAUUCUUAUUUGGUGGCUCUCGAAGCCUGUGAUAUUCUAGACUUGACCAUUCUACCAGAAUAUGCUCUGGAAGCAUUUACCAAGGACUCUGACAACACGGAAGAGCACAGAGGCCAACAAAUCCAAUUUCAAAGAGGCAUGGGCAAGAACUAUGAGCGUCUUGAAUUCUUAGGAGACUGCUUCCUAAAAAUGGCUACUUCGAUUUCCCUUUUCACGCAAAACCCUGAUGACGACGAGUUUGACUAUCAUGUGAACCGGAUGUGUCUUAUCUGCAAUAAGAACUUGUUCAAUACGGCUAUCAAGAAGGAGCUUUAUAAAUACAUCCGAAGUCGUGGAUUCUCUCGGCACGCAUGGUAUCCCGAAGGCCUUACUCUGCUACAGGGUAAGGAUCAUAGCAAAAAGGUAUCCGCUGAAGCAAAACAUGCUCUUGGAGAAAAGACAAUUGCAGAUGUUUGCGAGGCAUUGAUAGGAGGGUCUCUGCUCUCAGGUGGCCCUGAGCAUCGGUUUGACGUCGCUGUUAAAGCAGUGAGUGCGCUUGUUGACAGCCCAAGUCACAGCUUCUCGUGCUGGAAAGACUACUAUUCUCUGUAUUCUCUGCCAAAGUAUCAAAUCCAUCCGCCGGAUGGCUUUGAGCUUGAUCUUUCUCAGAAGGUUUUUGAUAAAUUGGGGUAUAAUUUCAAAUACCCUCGACUGCUGCGAUCGGCUUUCACACAUCCAUCAUACCCUUCAGCGUGGGCCCAAGUGCCAUGUUAUCAGCGACUCGAGUUCCUGGGAGAUUCUUUGUUGGACAUGGUUUGCGUUGAAGAUCUAUUUGGUCGAUUCCCUGAUCGAGAUCCCCAGUGGCUCACGGAGCAUAAGAUGGCGAUGGUAUCCAACAAGUUCCUCGGUGCUUUGGCUGUUAGGCUUGGGCUACACAGGCAUCUUAGGCAUUUCAGCAAUCCAUUGCAGUCGCAGAUUACCAAUUAUGCAGAGGAGAUCGAGACAGCGGAAACUGAGAGUGAAAGCGGAGUAGACUACUGGGUUGUUACGAAGGACCCGCCUAAGUGUCUGCCAGACAUGGUUGAAGCGUACCUUGGAGCUACCUUUGUUGACUCGGGCUUCAGUUAUGACGUAGUGCAAGAGUUCUUCCAAAACCACGUCAAGCCAUUCUUCCAUGAUAUGGCGAUCUACGACACGUUUGCCAACAAGCAUCCAACCACGUUUCUACACAGCAGGUUGACAAACGAGUACGGCUGCACCAAUUAUUGCCUGAAGGCGGGAGAGAUCCCAGCUGGCGACGGAGGACCAGGUAGUGUUUUGGCAGCUGUGAUCGUGCAUGAUUCCGUCAUUGCAGAAGGAACAGCAUCAUCUGGUCGCUAUGCCAAAGUGAAGGCGAGCGAGAAAGCACUCACCCUACUUGAAGGAAUGCUUCCAUUUGAGUUUCGCAGGAAAUACCACUGUGACUGCCAGGAGAAAGGCAGUGCUCAAGAUACAGAUAUGGGGACUGCGAUUUAG